AUGCAUCGAUUCGUAUUUAUCACACUUUUUUGUGUUUUUGUAUCAACGAUACAUACGCUUCCUCAGCAACAAAAAUCUAAAAGACCUAUACCAGUGUUUAAACAAAAUCAAAUAGGUGGUCUCCAAUUACCGGACAAUGCUACUCUCAUACGAGACAACAUCGUGGAUACAUUUUCUUGCAAAGAUAGAAUUUAUGGAUAUUAUGCUGAUAUGGAAAACGAGUGUCAAAUAUUUCACGUGUGUCUACCACAAUCAAGAAAUGUCGUCAAAUGGAGUUUCAUUUGUCCUGCUGAAACGGUUUUCAAUCAGGCCACUUUCGUAUGUACGCGAACGGAAGAAUCAAUUCCUUGCGAAGAAUCGGAACAAUAUUAUAGUUUGAACGAAGAAAUUGGUAAAGAGGAAGAAAAUACCGAAGAAGAGACUACAAGAUCUGUUCCAGCAAACGCUGACGUUGAACCAAUUACAAACAAACCAUUCUCGAGGAAUUCAAGAAUUUUAAAUCGACAAAGAUUGUUCUCUCAACAAUUUUGA